AUGUCAAAUGAGGUUAUGAACAUAUGGAAAAGUAAACCUUCAGAAAUACUGCUCCUAACAUUUUUUUUUCUCUAUUCAGAAAAUACAAUUUUUUUCUGCUUUUUCUUUCUUUUUCUUUUUCUUAUUUUUUCUCUUUUCUUUAUAGAAUACUCUCUAGGUAAGAAGGAGCAGUCCUCUUCUAUUCAUGAAGAAAUCCAACACCAAUUUGAAGAACUUCAACACCAAUUUGUUUACUAUGAAAUGGAAAUUUUCUACUCAUUUUCAUUUUCUAUAUUGGUUUCUCUUGAUAUUUACAUGAGAUUUCCAUUUUAUUUUUCAGAAGAUCUUCAGAAAGAAAUUGAUAGGAGGAAGGCUCAGUUCAAAUUAGGCUGGAGGGAGUCAACAUUAUACCCUGAUUGGAGGAAAGAAGAGUUCCAAGCUGUAAAUAUGACCCUGGAUGCAGAAACAGCUCAUUCUGCCCUCCUCCUGUCUGAAGAAGGGAGAUAUGUUUCCUGGCAAGAAAGGUGUCAAGAUCUUCCCAGCUCCCCACAGAGAUUCAGCUCCAUUCCCUGUGUGCUGGGUCAAUUGCACAUCAUCUCAGGGAGAUACUCCUGGGAAGUAGAGGUUGGGAACGCCUGUUCCUGGGACCUGGGAGUUUGUAGGGAUAAUGUAACAAGGAAGGGGAGGGUCACAAUGUCCCCGAAGAAUGGUUUCUGGGCCAUUAGGUUCUAUGAGGGGGAGUAUUGGGCCCUCACCUCCCCAGAAACCCAUCUUACUCUAAGAGAAAAACCCUUUAUUGUGAGGGUAUUUCUGGAUUAUGAGGCUGGAGAUGUAUCUUUCUAUAAUAUGACAGAUGGAUCUCACAUCUUCACCUUUCCCCAAAACACAUUCUAUGGUGUCCUAAGACCACUUUUCAGACUUUGGUCCUCUGAGUCAGGCUCCCUAACCAUCUGUCCAGGUGAAGGAGAAUGUGCUGAUGUUGUAAUUCAGAUGUCUACCCCAUUCCAUGAGAAAUGA